GUUCGUAACAAACCUUCAAUUCUCAACCAACAAAAUCAAGACGAAGUUUUACCCUACCUUGCUUGUAAAUCUAGUAAUUGAGGUUGUUCCCGUGUUUCUCAUACAUGAAAUAAGGCUUUUACAGUAGCUUUAUGGCUGCAAACUACUGGAAUUCCAGUCAAUUUAAGAAAUGGUUUGCUUCAUUUGACCAGUUUGCCCUGAGUAGACCAACAUUUGAUGAUUCAUCUAUCGAAUAUUGGAAUUUGAUCAAGUCUUUUGGUACAAAGCUCAAGGUUCGUCAAAGAGCGCAGGCGACUGCUGCUGUAUUAUUAAAACGUUACAUCCACGCGGUCAAACAUGAGCCUAAAGAGCGCGAGCUAUUCGUUACUGCAUGUCUUUACUUAGCAAGCAAGGUCGAAGAAUGUCCCGUUCACAUUCGAGUUGUUACAGCUGAGGCAAUUCAGUUUUGGCCUGAUAGCGUGAAACCAAGUCGAAGCUUGAUUGCUCAAACUGAAUCGCAUAUUCUCUCUCAUCUUGAUGCCUACGUUAUUGUCUUUCAUCCCUAUCCGACCUUAGAAAAGAUAUAUCGUGAAAACCUGAUUACAAAAAAACAACUUGAGUUGGCCUGGGGACUGGUCAACGACUCGUAUGCCACGCAAUUGUCACUUAUUUGUCACCCACACGAAAUUGCCUACGCAGCAGCUUUAUGGGCAUGCGCUGAUGAUCCACAGGCACUCCUAAAGCUUAAACCAUCUUUGGAAAAGAUUGAUGUCUUUCGUAUUACUGCGUGCAUGCAACAUCUGCUUGCAUUAGCAGGACGAUUGGGCCAGUCGUAAAUGCACAAAUGGAGAUGGGAAUUGGGUCAAUAAAAAAAAGCUAUAUGAACAAUUGCAUUCGUCAAAUCAUGACUGAUGAUAAUAAGCUUCAAGCCUAAAAGGUUAAUUUAUUUAGUCACUUUCGGGUUUGCGAUUAAGGUUUCGGCGAAUUAAGCUGAAAUGCGGGUCACUUGAAAUUGUACUGACAUACCGAUUGCUAGUGUUUAAUGAAUUCAAUUUCAAGAAACUACAAAAGUUUUUCUUGAUAGAAGAAACUGAUUUUGAAAAAUGGAGGGAAAUAGGUCGGAGCCCUAAAGUUCUCGUUUAUUAGAGAACAAACAAAUCCUUUAAUUGUUCAAAUCUUUUAACUCUUCUACAUAAAACUAAUAACUAUCAAUUAAGCCUUCGUUAAGGUUGUCACAUGCUUUUUAACUUUCUUAUAAAUGCAAA